UGAGCGACGGACCCGUCAGUGUCACAUAUUUGCCGGUGUGUUUUUUAUUUAUAGGAGAAAUGUUCCCGUUAUGACAACAACUUGGGACAUGACAGCCGUGCAGUAGAAUAGAAAAGCCAAUAUCUUAAUAAAUGUUUUUAGUAAAUCCGUUUUACUCUUCGUGGGAGAUAAUUUGCUUUAAAACUAAAACGAUAACGCCGUCAGUUCUGUGGAGGUUGUGGUCGCGUAACUUUCACAAAGGUUCAGGUGAUGUUUUACAGCAAAUUAACCGAAAAGGAACCUCCAAUAACCAGGUGACAAAAAAGCACAAAAAAGAAAGAUCUGCCUGCCAAGCAGUACUGGAUUGCUUUGACCAGCAGUACGGAGAAGAACUUGGAGAAUUGUGGGCAUCUACAAGAGCGGUGCUCCUGGACCCUCAGUCCUGGCAGUAUGGGGUCAUGCUCAACCGCUUCAGCGCCGUGACAGACAUCACACAGAUUCUUCAGUCCCGCGGCUUCUCUGCAUUGCUUCAUGACGCAGCGUUGCUUUGUAACGGCCCCUCCGAGGUGUCAGAUUCUAAACACCACAAAGGAACUCUGCUGGCACCUCACUACAUCUCCGAGUUCCCUCCUGAUGACUCUCACCCCCAGCCUGACAGCUCCUCUUAUGCGCUCCGUCAGGACUCUCUGCCGGAGCCUUUGCUCGGCUCGCCCCGUCCUUUAUUGCAAUGUUACAUCCACCCACGUCCGCUCAGAUUUCCCUCUCAGCCUCACAGGCCUGGCCGGCUGAAGCAGUACUACCUCCUGAACGCUGCCUCCCUGCUUCCAGUGCUGGCCCUGCAAGUCAGGGAUGGGGAGAAGGUUUUGGAUCUUUGUUCCGCCCCCGGUGGUAAAGCCUUAGCCAUAAUGCAGAGUGCUGCACCAGCACUUCUCUGCUGUAAUGAACCAGAUCCUCACCGGAGAGACUGGCUGGCCAAAACCCUGGAGUCUUAUCUGCCGCACUCGCUAAACAGCAGAGUGAUGGUGUCUGCACAGGACGGGCGAUUCUUUGGACAGAAUGAAGCUGAUUUCUACGACAAGGUUUUAGUCGAUGCUCCGUGUUCUAAUGACAGGAGCUGGCUGUAUUGUGGAAACAACCACCAGGGGGAACAGAGACUGAAGGAAAGAGCCAAACUGCCUGCACUCCAGGCUCAGCUGCUUAGGUCUGCGCUGUCAGCCGUGCGUCCAGGGGGCGUCGUGGUGUAUUCAACUUGCACGCUGUCCAGCUUUGAGAACCACGCCGUGGUUGACGCGGUGCUGCGCGACUUUCCCGAGGCCGAACCCGAAGACCUGCGGGACGAGAUCGCCGUUCCUUUAUCUAAACACUUUGCAUUUAGUUUUCACCCCGGUCACGGACAGACACCUCGCAACCCGUCCCCGCGGCCACACAAGAGCGCCGUGUCCUCUUACCGAGACAGGCUCGGCGUUCUAGUGGUCCCUCAGCCUGGCAGGACCUGGGGACCCAUGUUUUUGUCUCGGAUUAGAAGGAGAAAGUAAUAUGUGUCCUCAUGCAGAAAAGAUAUAUACAUUAAAGUGCUCAAGUUUGUUGGGGAUUUUUUUUUUGCAAAACACCAGGUUUAAAAUUUCCGAUUUAGUUAUGCAGCACAUCCUGUGCCAACUCCUGCAAUGUGCAGAGGAUGAAAGUAACAGCGACAAUAAAAUAUACAUGUGGAUACAAACAUGUCAUUGUCAACACAUGCAGGUUUUAAGACGCUGCCAUGCUCUCCCUAUCCUCAAGAUUUCUCUCCUGUUGCGUUUGCUUUGCAGUUUGUUUUUUAGACUUGCUACCUUCUUUGUGUGUGGGCGUGUUACAUUUAACAAGCAAAUAAAAAUAGAGCGUUGCUCACAACAUUCAUACUUA